CAUGAUCAAAUUGAUUAAUCCCAAAAAUUAAAAUGUCUCUUAUUUUCCCCUUGAUGAUGACACCCACAAAGUUAUCUCCCCUUCAUCUUAUAAGAACAUUCCACUUUAUGCCCACACCCCCAGUGGAAUCCAAUAUCCCAUACCCUAACCCAAUCAUCUCCCAUAUAUGUGUAACCCUAUUGUAGCCACCCACACAUCUAUAUAUCCACAGUACUUAGUAACUCCAUUCCUAUAUAUACUCACCUCAAAACCUCAUUUUCCCACAAUUACUACUACACCCAUUAACAAUGAAUCUUAGUUUCCCUCCAAGCCUGUGCUCUCUCAUGAUCAUCCUUUUAUCAUUCGAGCUAGUGUUCUCGUCGGAAACCAACGAUCGACGGCCGUACAUCGUCCACAUGGACGUGUCGGCGAUGCCGGCACCCUUUGCGACCCACGAGAGCUGGUACUUGUCGAUGCUCUCGUCCCUCCCGACUCCGUCGGGCGGGCGCGCUCCGACUCAUCUCUACACUUACACUCACGUUAUGCACGGCUUUAGCGCCGUGCUUACUCCUGCGCAGCUCCGACGGCUAGAACGGAUGGAAGGCCACCUCGCGACGUACCCCGAAUCGUACGCGCGUCUGCACACCACCGACUCCCCGCAAUUUCUCGGCCUGAACCCCAGCAUGGGCAUUUGGCCUGCGUCGAACUACGGGGCCGACGUGAUCGUCGGGAUUAUCGACACGGGCAUUUGGCCCGAGAGCAAGAGCUUUCGCGACGAAGGCAUGCCUCCGGUGCCUGCUCGGUGGAAGGGGAAAUGCGAGACGGGGGACGCCUUCAAUGCGUCGCUCUGCAAUCGAAAGCUCGUCGGUGCUCGGUCCUUCAGCAAGGGGUUGAAGCACAGCGGUAUAAGUAUAUCGAGCGACGACGACUACGACUCACCGAGGGACUUCUAUGGACAUGGCUCGCACACGUCGUCCACCGCAGCCGGGAGCCGGGUCCCCGGCGCAAGCUACUUCGGGUACGCGCCGGGCACCGCGACCGGGAUUGCGCCCCUGGCUAGGGUGGCCAUGUACAAGGCCAUAUUCGCGGACGACGAUUUGAACUCCGCAGCCACCGACGUUUUGGCCGCCAUGGAGCAAGCGAUCGUCGAUGGCGUGGACGUAAUGUCCUUAUCGCUCGGCUUUCCCGAAAGCGCUUACUACUUGGACGUCAUGGCAAUCGGAGCCUUCGCGGCAAUGGAGAAGGGAGUUUUCGUCGUGUGCUCGGCGGGGAACAGCGGUCCCGAAGCUUACAGCAUCUUCAAUGGCGCGCCUUGGAUCACGACGGUCGGAGCGGGGACGAUCGACAGGGACUACUAUGCGAACAUAACUCUAGGAAGCGGCGUAAAGAGCCUCCGCGGCCAAUCCAUCUACCCGAAGAGCACCCCACUGUCGAAUCUCGCGAUAUACUACGGCAGCAGCAGCAAACAAAGGAAGUGCAACUCCGACAGCCUCGACAAGAAACGCGUGGCUGGUAAGAUCGUCUUCUGCUCCGCCGGAGUCGACGGUGCAAGAGCUCAACUGAGUGAGGUGCAGAGCAGCGGAGCUCUCGGGGCGGUGAUCACGACCGACGAAGGAGAGCAACUCGAUACCAGUGACUUUUACAUGCCGUUCGCGACCGUAGGGUUGUCGGACGGGGAAGUGAUCAGGAAGUUCAUCGCGGGAACGAAGGCGCCCAGAAUGAGUGUUCGGUUCGGGGCGACGCAGUUGGGACCAACUAUACCCGCUCCCCAGGUGGCCUACUUCUCCUCCCGAGGGCCGAGCCCGGCCAGCUCAAGUAUCUUGAAACCUGACAUACUAGCCCCAGGCGUGGACAUCUUGGCGGCGUGGGUGCCAAAUAGACCGUUUGUCGAAGUCGGAGACGACAACCUCUACACCGACUACGCGUUAGCUUCCGGAACCUCUAUGUCCUCGCCGCACAUCGCUGGCGUGGCAGCGAUGCUGCGCUCAAUUCACAAGGAUUGGAGCCCCGCAGCCAUCCGAUCGGCCAUGAUGACUACCGCCGACCUAGUGGACAACACCGGGCGCCCGAUCACCGACAUGGUGGGGGGAUCGGCGGCGAGUCCUCUAGAUUUCGGUGCAGGGCACUUGAACCCGAACCGAGCCAUGGACCCGGGCCUAGUUUAUGACUCAGGCUCUGAGGACUACAUCGAGUUCCUCUGCGGCCUCGGCUACACGAACCAGCAGAUAAAAGUGAUCACGAAAAGGCGCGAUUUCGCGUGUUCGAAAGCGAAUCUUGAUCUGAACUAUCCAUCCUUCAUGGUGAUCCUCAACAAAACUACGAACUCCGCGACUAGAACAUUUAAGAGGGUUCUGACAAGCGUCGGUGGCUCAUCACCGUCGAGAUAUAAGGCGGUGGUGAAUGCUCCGACCGGCAUGAAGGUGGCGGUGGCGCCGGCGGUGCUGGUUUUCGGAAACAAUGGCAGCAAACAGCAGUUCGCAUUGACGGUCCAGAUCAACUUAGAAUACAAAGCAAAUGAAAAUCACUUGGGGAAUUAUGGGUUUUUAAGCUGGAAUGAGGAUGGAGGGAACCAUGUGGUAACAAGCCCAAUAGUUUCAGCUUAUGCAUCUGAUUAGAUUAGUAAAUAAUUCUAUAUAUAUAUAUAUAUAUAAAAUAAGAAUCUCCAAAUAUAGGAGAAAAUGUCAGUGUAUAUUUGAAUCAGUAAUGUAGCAAUAAAGAUCAGAUGCCAUGAAGAUGACAAGAAGAUGAAGCAGCUACAAGAUCUUACACUCAGUAUUUUGUCUUCUUUGAAAACUCUGUUAUUCACUUAAUCCUUAACACCAAUUUGAA